AUGGCUUCUUCCUCUUCCAUGCCUCCUCCUCCGCUGGUGAAAGACGAACAGUCGAGAAACUGGUCGGAGCUUCCGCCGGAGUUGACAUCUUCGAUCAUGCUCCGGCUUGGUGCGUUUGAGAUACUUGAAAACGCUCAGAAAGUGUGCAGACCGUGGCAACGUGUCUCUAAGGACCCCUCGUUGUGGCGGAAAAUCAGCACCGAUUCUCUCCUCAAUUACAUCGCCGACAGGUCAAGUAAUCUGAGAAGCCUUGGACUUGAAAUGUCCUAUCCAAUGACUAGCAAUGGACUUGUUAACGCAGUCGCAAAACUUCCACUCCUUGAAGUCCUCGAGCUCUAUGAGACAUGGCAAAACCUGGACUUGAAAGCUAUAGGCCAUUCUUGCCUGAAGCUAAAGACAUUGAAGCUAAACUGCUCAGGUUCCAUGCCCUCUCAGUUCAAAUCUGAUGAUGAUGAUGCCCUAGCAAUCGCCAAAAGCAUGCCCGAGCUAAGCCACCUUCGGCUUAUUGCGAACAGACUAACUGAGACCGGGUUAAACGCUAUUCUUGACAACUGUCUUCACCUGGAACACCUUGAUUUACGCUGCUGUCUCAACAUUAACCUUUCAAGGGAUCUGGAGAAGCGAUGUUUGGAGAGGUUCAGAUGA